AUGCUCAAAGAUGACAGAUUGGGACAGCAUGUGCCAACUUUACAUCCAAGUGAGUAGAUCAUUUAUAGUCACGUUUGUAUAAUUUUUCAAUCCAGCUUCUGAACAGACCUAAUAGUUAGACAAUCAAGCUAAGUAUGGAUCAUCCUCUCAAUGUACAUAAAAGGCUAGCGCUAUUUGAUGGUUACUCAAUUGACUGAGCUUGUUUAGUAGUUUCCCAAUGUAACCAUGACCCAUUUUACCCACCAGCCUCGGAAGAGCUGACGAUCGCUGGCAUGACCUUCACCACCUUUGACCUUGGAGGCCAUGCACAAGGUAUGUAUGCCCGACUGCCCUUGUGUGAGAGAGAGAAUUGAUUUGUUAAUUUGUGGUUCCCAGCAAAACUGCACUAAUUUAUCUUAUUUUGUGCUUGUGUUCACACAGCUCGCAGAGUGUGGAAAAACUACCUCCCCGCCAUCAACGGCAUCGUCUUCCUUGUGGAUUGCGUAGACUUCCCGAGAUUGGCAGAGUCCAAAACAGAACUUGAUGUGAGUAUCAUUGAUUUACAACCACAUUGGAAAAACCUCAUGAAUAAGAUGGAUGGGACUGAAAACUAUCACAUUUCAACUUAAACCCUGCCAAAUAUGUUCUAUCAAAACAGAUGGCCUUUUCAUAAGCAGUUCAUUUGUUUUGUACUGAUUCCUUCGUAUAUGCUUGAUGAAAGAAUGGUACCAUUCCCAAAGUCUCAUGAUAGCUCAUGAAAUCUGCUAAAAGUUAGUCAGUUGAUGGGCCUCCUGAGUGACGCAGCGUUCUAAGGCACUGCAUCGCAGUGUUAGAGGCGUCACUACAGCCCCGGGUUCCAUCCCAGGCUGUGUCACAGCCGGCCGUGACCGGGAGACCCCAGCGUCGUUAGGGGAGGGUUUGUGUUUUCUCCGACACAUUGGUGCGGCUGGCUUCCGGGUUAAGCGAGCAGUGUGUCAAGAAGCAGUGCAGCUUGGCAGGGUCGUGUUUCGGAGGAAGCAUUGCUCUCUACCUUCGCCUCUCCCGAGUCUGUACGAGAGUUGCAGCGAUGGGACAAGACUGUAACUACCAAUUGGAUAUCACGAAAUUGGGGAGAAAAAGGGGUAAAAAGUACAAAAAAUAAAUAAAUAUUGUCAGUUGCAAUGAAGCCAUGCCUUGCUCUUUCACGGGUAGAUAAUGUCUAAGAUUAUGACAUGUUUGGUGUGGAGUAAUGUGAUAACUAACCAGACAUUUCCGUCCUGUGGUCCACACAGGCUCUAAUGACCGAUGAGACCAUUGGAAACGUGCCGAUCCUGGUCCUCGGCAACAAGAUUGACAGAACAGACGCCAUCAGUGAAGAGAAACUGCGUGAGAUGUUUGGAUUAUAUGGACAGACAACAGGCAAGGUAAGGAGAUCCCUGCACUAACACACAUCUCCUGUCUGUCAUCUCCUGAUACUACUGUGCCACCCACUCUUCUCUCCUCCCAGUAGAACUACUGAACUGUACAACAAAUCACAGUGCUACUGUUUUUAGAAUUAUACAAACCCUCAUCCAUUCAAGGGUCUUUAUGGGCUCAUAGGGACAAGACAUGGGCUAUAACUAGGUCCUGGCCCCACCAUUAACCAAAGCAAUAUCCUGUUGAAAGGCCACCGCUAUAACGUAGGUAAGGUUUUUAGAACAGAAGAACAAAAAUAAACGGAGCCCCUCAGGUGCUUAGAACAACCAUACAUUUUAAUGAUGUGGUUCCCUGACAAUGUUUGUCUGGUCUCCAGGGCAACAUUCCCAUGAAGGAGCUGAACACGAGACCCCUGGAGGUGUUCAUGUGCAGCGUGCUGAAGAGGCAGGGCUACGGCGAGGGCUUCCGCUGGCUCUCCCAGUACAUUGACUAG